GAUUGGAGGGUGUGCGACGAUGAGGAUGGUGAAGGUGAGCGAAGGGACAUUAAUGGGGAAUCAUCAUCGGGGGAGCGACGUUGAGCUCGCGCACGUGCUCCUCUACUGCGCCCUCUUCUUCCUCGUCGGGUUCUUCGGAUCCAAGCUUUUCUCUAAUGAGGAUUUUGGUGUUGGCCAUGGAAUGCGUCAAGAGAGGAUGAUGAGAGGAGUAGAUGGAGUGGAAGAAGUAGAGUUGAGGAGUGUGCCUCAUGGGGUCACUGGAGAAUCUCACCUCUCUUUGAUUCCAUUUCAGGUUCUGAGUUGGCAACCUCGCACACUCUAUUUUCCUGAAUUUGCUAGUGCAGAAGAAUGCCAAACUAUAAUCAGAAUUGCAAGAUCAAGCCUUAUUCCGUCGACGUUAGCCCUACGUGAGGGAGAAACUGUUGAAAACACCAAAGGAAUAAGAACAAGUACAGGAACAUUUAUCACUGCAUCUGAAGAUUCAACUGGCGUCUUGGACCGUCUUGAGAAAAGGAUUGCGACAGUUACUAUGAUUCCAAGGGACCAUGGAGAGGCCUUCAAUAUUCUUCGCUAUGAGAUCGGACAGAGGUAUGCUUCUCACUACGAUGCAUUCCACCCAGAACAAUAUGGCCCGCAGAAAAGCAACAGGGUUGCUACAUUUCUAUUGUAUCUAACUGAUGUUGAGGAAGGGGGAGAAACUAUGUUCCCUUUUGAGAAUGGUUCGAAUAUGGAUAUUGGCUAUGACUACGAGAAAUGUAUUGGUUUGAGGGUGAGGCCGAAGAGAGGUGAUGGUCUUCUUUUCUAUUCAAUGCUGGUGAAUGGCGCAAUUGAUCUGACAUCGCUUCACGGAAGUUGUCCGGUGAUAAAGGGCGAGAAAUGGGUCGCAACGAAAUGGUUAAGAGAUCAGAAACAGGACUAAAAUUGAUAAUCAUAGAUAUAUUUUUUUUGUUCACUGGACAAUAAUUAUUCAG